UUAACCACGUCUGUGGCCUAAGCAGAAGUGGUGGGUAUGUAUGUGUGCAAUACACACAACAAGUUAAGAGUGUCUUCUUUUAGCUACUGUAUGUGUAUAUCUGAUUAUAUUAUUUUCAUUUGAAAUACACUGCUUCGUUUAACCUAGUCAAUGCAAACUAGUCAAUCAAAGCGGUACUAGCCUCGAGCAGAUUGCAGGUCCAGUGUAGUUUGUGUAGUGCUCUUUGGAAAACAGCAUGCACAACGGGUUUCACUAUCAAUCAGAGGAAUACAUAUUGGCACGACAUAGGCUAUUUACUGUAGGUUAAAGUCUGUUUUACCAAACAAGGACUCAAAGCCACGAGGUUCGGCUCCAGUUGAGAGGAGACAAUUAUCCCAAGCGAUUUCGAAUGGUCCCACCUGAUCUUGCUGCCUCAUGCCAGCCUUUCAUCUUUGAGGACAUCUUGACAAUAUAGUAAUCCAGCUUUGACUUGGCCCAAACAAGUAAAAUGGUACUGUGUGACAGCAAAGUGUGCUAUAUACAGUGGAUUGUCUAUGUCCCCACGUUCAUGGUGGGUCUUCCCCUCAACCUGGCCGCUCUGUGGCUCCUCCUCUUCAGGAUGCGUCGAUGGACUGAGUCCACGGUGUACCUCAGCAGUCUGAUCAUCAACGACAGCCUUCUCAUCUUCUCUCUGCCCUUCAAGAUGUACGCCUACGAACACAACUGGGGCUUGAGCAUGGGAUUCUGCACCUUCCUGGAGAGCCUGGUGUUCGUCAACAUCUAUGGGAGCAUCAUACUGAUCGUGUGCAUCUCUGGCGACCGCUAUGUUUAUUUGCGAUUUCCAAUCAAUGGCAAGCGUCUGCACUCACCACGGAAGGCUGCCCUGGUAUGCCUGGCCGUGUGGGUGAUGGUAUUCGCUUUCACCACACCCGUCUAUGAGCUCCACAACAAAAACAACAACGACACCAGAAUGCACAAAGGCAACGAAACCAAGUGUUUCCAGAAGUUCUCCAGCGAAACCUGGAAGAAGAAAUGGAUCAUCAUCGCCAUAGAGACAGUGUUCUCAAUCAGCACGGUUGCCAUGGUGUUCUUCUCGGUGCGCGUGAUGCAGAUCCUGAGUGGCAUGCGGCGACUGAACCCGCUGGACGAUAAGCUGAGGAACAACAAGUCUGUGAAAAUCGUCCUGAGCAACCUGGUGGCCUUCCUGCUGUGCUUCAUCCCCUACCACGUGGCCGCAGUCGUCUACUUCCUGGCCAAGAACCGCACGGAGGACCCGAACGUCAUCAACCCCCUCAGAGACUUCGUCCAUAUCAGCAUGUGUCUGGGCAGCAUCAACUGUCUGACGGACGGGGUCUGCUACUACUUCAUCCUGAAGGAGAACCUGCUGACUGCCAGCAAGGAGAGGAGGAGGAUGUCCACUAGAGGAAACACAGUGGCGAGGCUCAGGGAAAUCAACCAGCAUCCAAUGGACAACAUCAAGGUCAAGGAACCUGGAGAGACAGGAUCAGACACCCAGGUCAAUGGAGAUCAAUUGGACUUGCUAGAUAGAUGUGGCUUAUCCCCUCUUGGUGCCUGCAGAGUAGAGAGCAGGGUGGAGACAUUUCCCCUGUAGAUGGAUGGCUAUCACCUCUACCUGGGAAAUGGAAAACUCAGAUCCCCACAGCAGACAGAGGAGACAAGUUGCUCGAAGAUUGAAUGAAUGGCCAGCACUUGGAAUAAAUGUUUUUAAAUCAAUCAUCCAGCCUUCCAUUGUAUUCUCACUCAUCACACGUGGCCUUUGGUCCUAGUGUUACCUCUUACCUUUAGGAGGCUGAGAUUCAAAGAGGUUCCACAGAAUAUCUCAGAGGGCAUAUCUAACACUAACUGAUCUGAUCAACAAAAGGCAUGGGAUUUACAACCCUGAGUCUUGUAAUUUAUCCAUGCUGAAUAGAAGCUUCUACAAAAGGAUACACUGUUCAGAUAUGGACUGUUUAGAUGCAAUCCACCCACUCUCAAUCUAGACAGUAAAGAUGUGUACAUCCAGACCAUUUCAAAUAUAAAACGCUAUUUACAUUUUUCAGACAGUUGCUCUUGAUCAACGUUUGUUUAUAACUAUUCACUACAAAUAACUCACUUUUCGUUAAAAAAAUGAUCAGACUGUCUGUAUAGGUCAGAGAUCGGAGAUUCUUCAUGUUGAUAGUUUGUUACUCAGACAUGAUUCAUGUUGUCAAGAGUCUUCAACCUUAUCAGCAGAGAGGAUGGGAGGACCUUCAACACUUUCAUUCCGGAAGUUAAGAACAGCUCAACCUCUAUGCAGACUGCUCUGACAGGAAGUGGCAACCAGAAUAUCGAGUGAGUGGUUUGGGAGUGGUUUCUGUCUCUUUUCAAAUUGCACGCACAGACACCAUGAACAACAACAAUGAUAGUUUAGGAGCACUCUCCUCUGAGGGGAGUU